AUGUCACUGUGGCUCAGAGAGGGCAGUUCUGUGCUGGGGCAGCAACUGCAGGAGGAGGCCCAAGGACUCAGAAACCUCUAUCAAGAGAAGGUCAUGUCCCAGCAGGACCUCGUGGCGAAGCUCAACCUCAGUGUCAGGGCCCUGAUGUCCUCUGCCCCAAAUCUCCAGCUGGAGACCUCAGGCGUCCUGGGCAAUAUCACUCACCUAAAAGGAGAGCUGCCUGCCUGGGCCACCCGCAUCGUGAGGAAUGUAAGCGAGUGUGUCCUGAGCCGGGAGAUGGGCUACUUCUCCCAGUACGUGGCCUGGGUGAGAGAGGAGGUGACUGAGCGCAUCGCCACCUGCCAGCCCCUCUCUGGAGCCCUGGACAAUGGCCGUGUGAUCCUGUGUGACAUGAUGGCUGACCCCUGGAACGCCUUCUGGUUCUGCCUGGGCUGGUGCACCUUCUUCCUGAUCCCAUCCGGAAACGCC